UUUAUAAACAAACAUGCUAGAUUAUAAACAAAUAUGCUAGAUGUUAAUCUGGUUUGCUAUUGCAUGUUUUGCUGCACCCAGAAAUCUCCCAACACCAUGACAAAUAACACACUUUUAAUUCUCACUGCACGUGCUGGUUUCGUAUAUGUAACCUAUACAACAAGAGCGAAGGUGAACUGCACUACAUCUGUACAUCUUUUGUAUUUAGGCUCAAUAGACACACAGAUUAUAGCCUGUCACACUUAACACUGCUCCUGCUGUCACUGACCAGGAGGAAGCACUGACACUGAGGUGGAAAAGCAGGAAAAAUUUUCCUCAAUAACUCUAUCACUGUGCAUCACUGUGUAUCACUGUGUAUCACUGGGCAUCACUGUGUAUCACUGUGCAUCACUGUGCAUCACUGAGUAUCACUGGGCAUCACUGAGCAUUACUGUGCAUCACUGUGCAUCACUGUGCAUCACUGAGUAUCACUGAGUAUCACUGAGCAUCACUGUGCAUCACUGUGCAUCACUGUGUAUCACUGGGCAUCACUGAGUAUCACUGGGCAUCACUGAGCAUCACUGUGCAUCACUGUGCAUCACUGAGUAUCACUGGGCAUCACUGAGCAUCACUGUGCAUCACUGUGUAUCACUGAGUAUCACUGUGCAUCACUGUGCAUCACUGGGUAUCACUGUGCAUCACUGUGCAUCACUGGGUAUCACUGGGCAUCACUGAGUUUCACUGUGCAUCACUGGGUAUCACUGGGUAUCACUGGAUAUCACUGGGCAUCACUGAGUAUCACUGGGUAUAACUGUGCAUCACUGAGUAUCACUGAGUAUCACAGUAUCAUGGUAUCUGCUUACAAGUUUGCAUUUUUAGAGCUGAUGACAUUAAAAGGCAUGACACAGCAAGAGAAAUGUGAGUAUUCCUCUGUUUGGAUUGUCCUCUAGGAAAAUGGUUUAUCAGAAACAAUAUGCACAUGAUUUUUCCAUUCUCCAUGUUUUUUUUAACUUGAUACGUAUUCCAAGAACAUGAUAUAUCACCAUAUGUGGGAAUAAUGUUUAUAUGCGACAUCGUUAUUAUUGCAGCAUGUAAUGAAUUCUAUGGAAAUAUUUCUGUUUUUUUUUUCACCUCCAAUAAGCACACAGUCGUCUCCAGCCAUUCACAUCAGUGUCUAUAGUCCAGUCACUACAGUCACUAUGUACAGAAGUACAAGACCAACAAAAUGAAGUGAUUCACUUCCUAGAAUUUGUUGUACUUCAUUGCAGUCUAGGAAAAAGGCAGCUUGUGUGUUCAGGCAACAAAAGAAUUUGACAAUCUGUGCCUUUGAGCCCUGCUCUAAAAAUAAGAGACAUGGAAAACUCCUGAAGGUCAUUUUGCUGGUGUGUGUGUGUGUGUGUGUGUGUGGAGCAUAGUGUAGCAUGAAGACUGUAUUCACUCUGAUAGUCUGGAGAGUUUAAAUAUAAUGCACACCUCUGAUUUACCCAUGCUGAUCUCAUUAAGCAGGUCUAAUUUUUCCAGGCCUGCAGUCUCAGCAUCUCUGAGAUUCAAGCAAGUAAGCAAUACACUGCUCAGGACAUAAUCAGCAGGAGCAAUUUUCAUUAGCCAUGCAGCUUAGUGUGUACCAGUCGAUGAGAUUUAAUCCACAUUUUUCUAGUUGGCAUGUGGCGUGUCUUGUCGUCUAAUGUCUUAUACGUAUAAUGUCAUUAAAAUCUAAUUAGAAUUUCAUUUUAUAAUAUUGUCUAUCAUUAACUCUUGAAUCUUAUGAACUCGCAGAAAAAAUGCUGAUGGUCAGACAGACACUUAAAAACAUUAGACAGAUAGGCCAAGGAAUGUCAUGCUAUGAUUUCAUUAUAUUCAGAAUGAAGAUAAAGAGACAUCACUACAUUAUUAAUCAGGAUGUAUUUUCUAUUUUUUCCCCCUUGCCUGCUCAUUUGUGUCCUUUAGUCUAAUGUAGCCUGUGCUAUUUAGAAAGAUGUGCACUUAAGAGAUGCAAGCAGCUGUGUGCCUGACAGUGGCCAUCAUGCAUGAAACAGCUUAAUGUCACAGGCAGCUAGUUCAAGGACCUGUCAGAGAGACAUUAUACAGCACAUGCCAUCAGCUAAACAGUGAAAAAAAUCUGAUAGAUUUUACAUUACUUAUUUGUGUGUAUGUAUUUGUAAAAGGGGAGAAGCUAUAGACAGUGAAUUGGUGUGUUUUGCACUCAGGGAAUACUGACAGUAUGUGAAAUUUUGAAGCAGAAUGAGCGUGUGUGUAUGGGUUUAAUGAUGUGCGACUGUGUCAAAACAAUCAAGAACUGUUAUCAGAUUUCUGACAACACCAAUGACAUCCAUAGCCAGGAGCCUAGGAGCACAAAAUAAGCACUGCUUUCUGGGUAAAUAGGAUGGUAUUUCUGUCCCCUGUGGAUUAGAGAGAGACUAGACAUCAGGACCAUCUGUGAGAUCAUGUAUACAGACAGCAGCAGUUAAUGCUCUCCUCUAAGCGAGUUCAGCUUCUCUAUGAUGUAUGAGCAGCAUUUUGAAAAGUGGCUGGCUUCAUGUGUUCACUGAACUGUUGACUGACAGGUGAGACUCAGCUACAUAGGAACUGACUACAAUUAGUGUACGACUUGUGAAAAAAAAGCUAUCACUCCUUCUGGGCAAAGGUCACCACUGUGGCUUCUGGCACACUGUCAGUGCAGAUGAAAAGUGACAUAGUCCACCUUUUAUGUGUUUUACAGAAGGAUUUAUAAAGUGUUUUAGUAGCUCAUAGUGCAGGUGACAUUUGCUCAUAUUGUUAAGCUUGAUGUUGAGAUGUUUGGUGGAUUGGGUGUGGUGAUGGAAUUUAGUGUUUUGUAUUGAACCUUCCCAGUGUUCUGAGUACAGGAUGCAGCCCUCAUGAUUGCAGGAGUUCAUCAGGGAGUGCUGACGUACCAACAUUUUGCAGUUGACCAUAAAUUAGCUAAAAUGCAGUAAUGAGAUGGCAACUGUAAUUUGGCUAAUAAGAAUGAUUAGGAUGAGGAGAUCAAUAUCAUACAGAGCUUCUGUCUGUGAGAUCUGUGCACGUUUGCUCUUCCAGAAAUCGUCAAUACCUGCAAAGUAUGCUUCUUCAUAUGUUCCUGCUUGGCUGGAAGUUGGGUUCAGACCCCCUGGAGCAGUUAACUGUUAAGAUCCCUGCUCAAGGACAGUUUCAGAUCCUCUGGGAACAAAAAAAGGGCUGAAGGCUGAGGAUACAAUGAAAGAGUGUCAGUCCAUGCCAGUGGAUGAGCAGUGGAGGGAGUUUUGUGCACACUUAGCCCCUGACCGGCACAGAGAUCAUUUACUUUGUCUGCACCUCCUGUCGCUAAGAAACCACAAAAAAAAACCCUGGUUAAUUCUUUCCACUUCAUCUUUAGUUCAUGGAUGAUAAGUGGAGGUUAGACUCUGAUCCCUUUUAAAAAAAUGGGUUGGCUCUAUUGAAUCCAUUUCAUCAUAUGAUAUAAUGUCAUUGGUAUGAUUGACUGAUAAGGUCUGAUUCCAUUCAAUUCAAUUUUAUCUGCGUACCAUUUUAAAUAAUACAUGUAUUUAAGAAAUGGAUGUAGAUUUAGAUCCCUAAAGAGCAAGUCAGAUGCAACAGUGGCAAGGAAAAACUCUCUGAGAUGACAUGAGGAAGAAACAUUGAGAGGAACCAGACUCAAAAAGGAACCCAUCCUCUUCUGGGUGACACCGGAUAGUGCGAUUAUAAAUCAUUACUCUUCUACAUCUUUAUACAAUAUAGUCAAGCAGUACCUUGAGUUGAAAGGAUGUUCAGUAUGAGCAUACUGGAGAAAAUGAUGAGCUGUUUGUUCAGCUAGAUUAAACACAUCCUGCUGAAAAAAAAUGUCUGACCCUGAGAAAAAAAAGAGAUGACUCAACAGGGGGUGAUGGUGAAGUGUGUAGCAUUUAUUAACAGCUAUUUGCUUCCAAUAACUUGAAGUGGGUUAAAAGAAGCCAAAAAGAAGAAAGACACGAUAGAAGACUGCAUACAAAACGUUUUUCACUUUUUUUUUUUACCUUAAUCCUUUACCCUCUAACAUCUGCUACUGUUACACUGUUAAACACAUUACAGUGGUACCUCUGCUGCCAGCAACAAGUUGUUUUUUUUCCGCCUUUCCUUGCAGCCACUCUUUUUCUCUUUUAUGAUAAAUACUGAUAUUGGGCCUCAAUUCUCAAGCUGUAUACGAAUGGAUUUAUUCAUAAAUUGUUCAUAUGAGCAUUUACACAAGAAAUUUGAUAUUCAUGAAAAAUCCUGUAAAUUCAGAAAAACCUUCGUAUCCUGCUCGUGCUCAAGUGGGUGUGUAAAUUUACGCAUAAGAAGACUAACUAAUAUAAACCUCACCUUGAUCAACAUCAACAUUGCAUGGAGUAAUGCACUCAUAUGAAAGAUACUGUCGAGUUUAUUUUUAUUAGUUUUGCAGCAUUAAGGAGAUGCCCUUAUCUACAUACACACGCAAGUAUGAAAAAAAAUCCAUGUUCUAUACAAAUCCAUGUUUCCGAAACUUCCGAAAAUCCAGCAGGAAAUUUUUGUUUGGUUUGGCUUAUGCAAACAGUUACACACAACCUUAUUAAAAGAUUGAUAAAUGAGGCCCAAUAUAAGAGAUUUUAUGGAAGAGUCAUUCUCAAAACAUCUUUCUAAAAAAAAGAAUAAUCAGGGGAUUUAAACUUUUUGUUUCCUUUUGUUUGUUUGCUAGAUAUACAUGGAUGUGCGAAGAGUCUUUGUGGAAAGAUUUUGUAAUAAAUUUUUCCUUUAAAUUUAACUGCUGGCUUGUGUGUUUUUAAAUAAUCGAUUAAUACUGUGAAAAAUUCUAACUCAGGAGUUUCCAGGUUAGAGCUGGCUUGAGAGUUUGAAGUCGUUUAGGGUUUUUAACUGUUCUGUUUGCUGCUAGUUUGUGGAGCGUGAUAUUGUGCUGAGUAAAGGGACUCUCUGGUGUCUCAGUGUUGGGGCAGUGUUGUACAUGUGCAUAUGUCAGUAUAGGAGGUGUAAUAAAUUGUUCCAUAGUCGUGCUCAAGGUGGCCACUUCUGUCUAAUAUGUUCCCUUGAGCAGCCAACACAGAUAGAUUUGUUGCAUUAUGAUUGGUUUGACAUCUUCAGGGUGGAAUUUCAGUGUGAAGGUAAAGUUUCGAGAGUAUUUAUUAGCACAGUCAGACGUAAAGACAAGGUCAGUCAGGCGUUGGUCUGAACACAGCAAGUUAUCAAAGGUAAGCAGAAUCUAGGUUAAAGUAUAGCCUAGUUUACCAACAAACAGUAAUCAGAGAAGGCUCAGACUGGUAUGGUAAGACUUCGCGUCUGAGGCUGAGUAUAAAUAAGCCCACAUUUGCUGAUGUUUAUGUGCUGGUGGUUAGCAGGGUGUCGACUGAGUGCUGAUAGUAGGGUGUGGGUGAAGGAAUGGCUGGAGACAAGAAUGGAGCAACACAGCCAGAGGAAUCCUGAUGUCUGGUCAUCUUCAGAAGAACCGAAAGCCCCUACAGAGGACUCCGCUCUUCUUCCAAGCUCAGAGAACCGUUCUUCUGCACCCAGCACACCACCUGUAGCUCCGGCUAGGCCAAAGAGGCCACAGAGAACCCCGCGGGUAGAAGAAUCCAUUGACAUAUCAAAGCCUGAGGUCCCAGACUUGCCUGAAUUGAACCAGGAGAAAGCCGACUCUUCUGCUCCGAGCAAGGCGAGCCAACCAUCAGGUCCAGUCCAGCAGCUUCAUGAUGACAAACCCUGUAGACCAUCCACUUUGGCUGGACAUGCUUCUGCGGCAAGGAGCCACAUCUCAAUGAGAGCAGCCUCGCUUCCUCAGGCACCAUCCUACAAACCGCUACUCACAGAUCCCACCGUUCACCCUCAGAGGGCGCUUUCUGUAGCUGGAACAGCUGAUACAAAGCCUCAGACUGACGACGAUUUCAGAGUGCACAUAAUCACAUGGAACGUGGGCUCAGCCGUGCCCCCAGAUGACAUCACUUCCUUGUUGGGGCUGAACGUAGGCGAUGGAAACACAGACAUGUAUAUUGUAGGAUUACAGGAAGUGAACUCCAUGAUCAAUAAACGACUGAAGGAUGUCCUUUUCACUGACCAGUGGAGCGAAGUCUGCAUGGACACACUCAGCCGCUUUGGAUACGUGUUGGCGACAUCACAGAGAAUGCAGGGUGUAUUGCUGCUGGUGUUUGCGAAGUACUACCACCUGCCUUUUAUCAGAGGCAUACAGACUGAAAACACACGCACUGGGCUGGGGGGAAUCUGGGGAAAUAAGGGUGGAGUAAGUGCUCGGAUGAGUGUGUUUGGCCACGCGAUAUGCUUCCUAAACUGCCACCUGCCAGCACACAUGGAGAACUCGGAGAAGCGCAUGGAGGAUUUUGAGAGCAUUCUGCAGCAGCAACAGUUUGAAGGUCAAGCCGCUAUGGGAGUCCUGGAUCAUGAUGUCGUUUUCUGGUUUGGGGAUCUGAACUUCCGUAUUGAAGACUUGGAGAUGCAUGUGGUUAAGGCAGCUAUUGAUAAUAACAAACUUUCUGUUCUGUGGGAAAAAGACCAGUUGAACAUGGCCAAAGACACUGAGACUGUACUGGAAGGCUUUCAGGAAGGACCUCUGAAAUUCCCUCCUACCUACAAGUUUGAUGUGGGAACGAACACAUAUGAUACCAGUGGGAAAAAGCGUAAGCCAGCAUGGACUGAUCGCAUUCUGUGGCGUAUGAGGCCAAUGGCUCCAGCUAGCAAUGUGUCCAAGCGUAGCUCAAAGUCAGGCCUCACCAGCGGCACUCGAGUUACACAGCACUUCUACCGCAGUCACAUGGAGUACACUGUCAGCGACCACAAGCCCGUCUCCUCCAUCUUCACCCUGCAGUUCCCAUAUAAGGUGGACAUCCCUUUGGUAACGCUCACUGUAGAGGAUGAAUGGAGGGAAGUGAGUGAUGCUGUGGCCAAAUUUAAGGUGGCGCCCAAUUACUCCAGAAGUUCCUGGGACUGGAUUGGACUUUACAAGGUUGGAUUUAAACAUCAUAAAGACUAUGUGGGUUACACUUGGGCUAAACAGGAGGAAUCUGAUUACCUGAGACAGGAGCACCAUGUUAACUUUGCAGAGGAGGAGUUACCAAAAGAGCCUGGUGACUACAUUUUGGGUUACUAUAGCAACAAUAUGAACUCUAUUGUGGGUGUUACUGAGCCAUUCCAGAUUCAGCUGCCCUCGUCCAGCACAGCUGGUCUCAGUCCCUCUGACAGCUCAGAUUUUACCUCUGAGGAUGAGGUCAAGAAGGGCGGCAGCAGCAGCAGCAGUAGUCGCAGCGCCACGCCCACCGGGCAAGAGGGAAACUCCCACAAACCCCGUUCCAGACACGGCUCAUCCCAUUCUGCUUCCAGCUCAAAGGGUGGCAGCCCCGUGAAAACGAGUGACUCCUCAGAUGAUCGAGACUCAAACUCAGGGAAAAACAGCGGAAAGCCACAAGUUCCCUAAAAAAGCACACUGAGAUGCUGGAGCUGGCAUGCAGAUGUAACGCAGGAGCUGAAGGAUUCUCACCUGUACUUGUGCUGUAUCGUGACAUUGUUUGUUACUUGGAGUCUUAUAUGUGGCAGGACAGAGUUAGGCCUUUAGUACAGUAGCUCUCUCCUAGGAGUUAGGAAGGUGGACUGAAUUAAAGUCUUUGUCAGUAACCAGAAUUCAUGCCAUACCUCAUUCUCCACUUUGUCUUUUCCCCUAUUUUAAUCAGCUAUAAACAGAACGGUUAUACUCGGGGACUUGAAGGAAGAGCAAAGCACAAUAGUUCAAUUAAAACUGUGUAUCUGUGAAACUGCCAGGUUUUCAGGUUUCUUUUGCUGAUUAAAAUGCCUUUGCUGACCCCCGCACUAAUGAUAAGAGUGAUUUAGUGGUAGCACACAUCAGCCAGUUCUUGGAAAUCCUUUCUAUUUUCUAUCACUAAACUGUCAGGACUCAUCUGGGGCCUUUGAGUCUCGUAUUUGCAAGAUGUUUGGAGUUUACUAUCAGUGUAGGAACCUGCUCUUUCAUCAGCUAAGCAUCAUGUGCUGUAUGUCAGCAGGUCGAUCCAGAUUUAUUUCCAUUAUACAUGAUAUGUACAGAUAGCAGAACAUGAUUCUGUUAAAUGUGAUACAGGUCCUUCUGUGCACUCGCUGACUCUCCCACAUGAAUUUCGCAUCACUGGAUCAUGUCAUUCAUCCCUUGCAAAGUUCCUGCUUUGCUGUAGUAGUGUUCUUGUUACAGUAGAUGUCUGAAAGUCAAACCUUGGCGGAAAAUUCUGAGGUCAUGUUCUUCCCCUUCUCUUAAACAUCCAAUGCUAAAAGAAAUGUGAUGUCACUUGCUGAUUUAAAGGCACUGUGUAAACAUAAGCUUAAUUAAUAUAGACAGUACAGUAGGGAACCAUGUUGAGAAAAUUUAAACUGUGAGCAUGACUGGAAAAAAACAAACGCAUUAGCAAGAGCAUAUUCAUACUUUGUGAAUAAAUCAUAAAGAACAAUAGUCGAGUUAAUCUAGUUAGAUGUGUGGAAGAAUGUCAUAUAAAAGUCUUUGUGCCUGGUUAGAUUUGAUCUUAAGUAUCGCGCAGUACUACAUCAAUGCUGUAACUAUAACUGUGGGGAUUCUGUGAUUGUGUCGUCUGGUAUUUUCUAGGAUUUGUCCUGUGUGGCGAAGAUCUCCUCUCUCUCUCUCUCUCUCUCUCUCUCUCUCUCUCUCUCUCUCUCUCUCUCUCUCUCACUACUUCCACUGAUUAGGAGUUGACAGUGCUGUUUUCAGUAGCAGUAGUCCAGUAGCUGGUGAAUCUCAGUGCACCGUUUAGGACCAGGAGUACUAUUCUACCCAGUGUGCUAUGUAAGUGUAAGAGUGUGUAUAUGUAUUUACGUAUUUAUGUGUGUGACUGUAUGUCAUGCAAACAUAUCGUGCUGUCAGAUUCCUUUUAAUACUACAGAGAUGUGAAAAAGCAAAAUUCAAAGCUGCGUGAAAUUCUAAACGACCCUUAAACUUUAAGGUUAGAUGAAAGGAUGAGGAUCGAAGUGUUUUAUGUAGUAUUGUGCUUUUAUAUUUUUCCAUUUUGAACUACUAUAAUAAUAUAUAUGAAAUAGUAAAAUAAUCAAAGCCAUCCUCACAGAACAGUGAUAUACUCUAUUUAGAUGUGUCAAACCUGUUUGAGGUAAUGAUCCAUAUUAAACCUAGUCCAAUAACAAGUGGGCUGGAUAAAAAAAAAAUCACUUCAGUAGACCAAAAACAAAGGAACAAAUGCAGUGAAACCCCUAAAUGAAUUCUUUUGGAAAGAGAAAUGGCUACAGCGUCAAACUGUUAGCUUGCUAAUGAAGAAUUACAUCAUUAGCAAAUUUUGUCAGUAGCUGAUUUUAUGGCCCUGAACUUAUUCCUCUAUUUUGCCCCCUAGUGGAAUAAGACUAACUUUUUUCCCCUUUCAAUUCAUUUCUGGUCUGCAGGCUGUUUUUUGAAUACCCCUGCUCUAGUUAAAAGCAGGGGCAGCUCUGUGGUAACGGUGCUUGUCAGAUUUACUCGGCUUUAAAAUACUAUUUGUAGCUUUUUAAAAAUCUUACAAUCAUCCUCCUGAGAGCAGCAAAACAUUUGGGGCUGGAUAUAUUUUUUACUGAAGGCCAUAAAAGAAACAAUGCUGUCGUAAUGUUUCUGCUCUUGGACUCUGACCACAUCGUAGGAAAGCAGGAUAUAUUUAUACAGCCUGUAUUUAUUGAAUUAUUAUAAGCUGAGUGAUAUUUAUAGCCGUGCUUCUCAAUUCUUUCUUUCUCUCUUUCUUUCUUUCUUUCUUUCUUUCUUUCUUAUGUACAUGACAAAAUGAAUCUCUUAGGUGUAUAGGUUACUUCAACCAACAGUCAUCAGUUUCGUGGUUAGAGAGCUUUGGGUCAGGAUUAUGGUUAAGGGUCAGGUUUAGAUCUUUUUUGUGUCUGCAGAAUAGCUGGGACUCUCAUCCCUGAGAUAAGCCAGAAAGUCAGUCUCAACUGAAAUUGUUUAUGUAUAUGGAUAGAACUGACAAUCAAUGCCAAAAAAAGAGAAAAUAAUGUGUUUAUAUAAUGUGAUUAUUGUACGUAUAUGUGUAUUAAUUUAUAUUUUUGUGGCAUUAUAUGUACUGUAUGCAGAAUGUCAUUCUGCUGGCCAGUGUCUUGAAGGCAUUAUAAAUAGGCAGGUUUUAAUUUAAAUUAAAAAACCGUAAAUGCUUUAUUUGUAUGAGGGUGAGUCAAAUGAAAACAUUAUUUUUUAUUUUGCAUUGUUAAUUGCAACGAGUGUCCAGAUUCCUCUAGAAAAAAAUUGAUUCAAUUUUGUUGUACUUUUAAGAUGUUCAUGCGACUCAUCCUUGUAUUUCUUUUUUUUUUUUAAUAUCUAAUUGUAUAUCUUUCCUGAUGUAUUUUGUUAAAUCAGAUCCUAUUUAUUCUGUAAUGUAUUAUAUAAUUGACCUUAUUUCAGAUUUUAUUGAAAGUAUAUAAUUUAAGAGAUAGUACUUUAUAGAUAUUUAAUCGAUGAAGGUUAAUUUGUCAUGGAAGCCAUUCGGCCGAUGUUGUUGAACACUAGUAUCCAUAAGAAAAUAAAUCCUUGUCAAUGUGAAA